UUCAAUAGUGUUAAGCUUUAAAACUAUUACGGUGGGCGCUAAAUACAUAUUUCAGUCAGUUCCAGAACACGAUUAUCUAAAUUAUCAUGGAUAUUUAGAGGCAAAUGUCGUUAUUCUCAAUGAAAUUUUUACGUUUUCUUCUUAUAUUUUGUUUACACUCUGUUUCCCUACACUGUUUGAAGACCAUAACAGUACCUGGAACUGUCCAAAAUGUUGUACUUGGUGAAAACAGUACUAAUGUCARACUAACAUGGACGAUAGACCUCGAAGGAGACCCCCUCAAUCAACUGAAAGUUUCGAGGCACAUGUAUGUUGAGAAUGAUCUWGUCAAAUCAUCAACACCUAUAGGGGUUAUGUACAGCAGUAAUGCUAUAGCAGUCUACAGUCCAAAAUACAGUCUAAAUGCAAGCAGUCUUUUCUCGUCUGCAUAUGUUAUCCUCACCAUCAACAACGUUUUAAAUCAGAGCAAAAAUACAGAUGRUUCUGAGGUAGACGUACUGAAAAAUGCGUAUGGGUUCAAAAUAGAAGUCGAUGUACAGAAUCAUUUGAUACCUACUUUGGUGGAUACGGUCAAGGUGCAAGUAUUUGUUAAGGAAAACCAAGAUUACAUUUCAAUUAGUUUAAUUAAUUUAAGCUUAUUAAUAGUUUUCUGGUCCCGUGACCUACACGCUGUAUAUUUGGUUUUUCACUUCCGCCUACUAGAUUUGAUUUGA